GUGAACAUCGAACUCUUGUAUCAGUCUUGGAAUACAUCUCAACGAGAGCAGUUCAUGAUUCUCUAAUACCACCAGCCAAGCUUGGAAAGGAAAUACCGCGUCUAAUAAUGGUUGUGGGAGGUGGAAUGUGUGCAUCAGUCAAAUCAGCUGUGAAGACACUGCUGUUUUUCGUCUUGUUCUGUACCCUCCUACCAGCAUUCGUUAUCAGCUAUGCAACCGUUUCGACAACUCGAAAACUGUGGAUUGCAUUUCUGGCGAAUCGAUACCCGUACUUGAAGUUCGCUCGUACAAAUAACAUCCGAAGCUUAGUGGAUACUUCUAGGAAUCCAGGAGUUUUUCAUAUACUUUUGCAGGUUGAAGGAGUGUUGGACAUCCAUGCGAUCAGAGCUAAAAUAACCGAUCACGUUCUGGCCCGGCGUGAUCACUAUGGUAGACCGUGCUUUUCAAGGCUAAAGUUCCCUCUGAUUUCCUGUUGGGGCCAAUAUGCGUUUGUGAAGAAAACCAAGGAUUUCAACAUCGACAAUCACAUUAUUCUUGCGCCUUCGUUACAUCGAGGUCGUCCUUUAACUGAGGCUAACCUUCAAGACUAUGUGAGCGACAUCAUAUCUAAAUAUAUGCCACCGGAGAUACCUCCUUGGCAGAUUUUUUGCAUUCCGAUGGCAUACGGGGGAACGGCCAGUGGUUCAGCAGAAUGCGACGCUAGUGCUCCCUACUAUUACCUGUUGUACCGUAUUCAUCAUCUUCUUCUGGAAGAGCAACAAAACCUAAGAAUCUCUGACCUGCUUCUGAUAGACAGACGAAUUGAAAACGAGAAGAGAAUUUCUGAUUGCGACUCUAUAUUUGCCAAUUUGCUGGAACGUCCAGUCUACCUGCCCCGAAUUUGGAAUGACAUAGGUGCCACCAUCAGCAACAAAUGGAACGAAUUUAUCUACCAACACGAUCCUUUGGAAUCGCCUGACAUUGAGAAGAAGCACAUUGCCGGAGUACAACAGCUCGUUUCGGUAGUCUUGAUAGCAGUGGUCACAGUGGUGUCAGACUUCUCCAAAGGAUUCUCCAAAGUUCCGGGCAAUCCGUUGAUGAAGAUAGACUACCUCAAAUCGCUAAUUGAUCGUGAAAUUCAACGAAGGAAUCUUAAUCUGCGUACCAUUUGGAAUGCCAUAAUGAUGUCCAUCGAUCCAAUCAAUGUUGUAAAAGAAUUAAUAUUUCUAUUUUGGAAAGUUGGUGCUACCCUAACGUUGAUGCUGCCCUGGUACGUGUUCCAGGAAAUGGAAGCCGUAAGGAUCUACAUUUUGAUGAAGAAAAUCAAACGGAUCACGCUGAUCGGAUUCGCACUGGAGUAUCUGCCGGUUUGCUUCGGAGCAUUCCUUGAGUAUUGGAAGGGAGUGAAACUUUUCUAUUCAGCUCCUAAGCUAGUCUUCGAAGAGCUGUUCGAACAUAAGCCAAACACUGAACACUACUUACAGAACGUGUCGCUAUGCGGGAGAAAGGUUGUGUCCUGGUCGGAAAGAGUUCGAUCAACUGAACUUCAGGCGACCCGUUCGGAUCAACCUGCAGCUCAACGAACAGGAUUCUUACGGAGUACCGCACGGAAUAAGCCACUAAGUGAUAUCGAAGUUUUGCUCGGUGUUAUGUCCAAAUCACUGAAAGCGCUAUGCCAAGAAGGAGACGGCAAAAUACCCUCUAUGAUUCAGAUAAGUGGUCGUUGCAUGCUGGAGGACUACCUCUUCGGCCUCACCAACUAUCAAACUGGCAAUAGUGGAUUUGUAUCGCUUAAUCUCCCCAUAGCUGUUGAGAACAAUCAACAGCUGUUGCAAAACAUCCGAUCGUCCAUCGCACAAAUACGACGGCAGCAAGUUAUGCUUAAUUUUCUGACCAUAGCGCAGCUCAAGCAUGACUUCCUGACGGACGGAUUGCCUCUGGUGGUGAUGAAACUACUGAUGAAUUAUCUGUCGCGACGUUUUGCCGUCACGGUGACCGAAGUGAUUGAGAAUCGAAACGUUGGACAAUACCGAAACCUGCUGGGCCACGGGAUCAAGGACAUCAUCUACUUCAGACCACCUCAGUCGAAUACCAGCGUAUCGAUCACGGUUCAGAAGUUCAACGACGAGAUUCGAUUCGCUUGCAUGACCGAUUCUCAAAUCAAUCCAAAGCACUUGGCUUUGACGGCAGGCUUUCGGAAACAUCUACAAGACUUCCAGCAGCUCUAGCUGCUCUUAUAGUUUCAUAAGAAAUAUAAUUAAAGUAACAUAUAUUUGUACGAGUAAUAAAUGGAUUAAAUACCUUA